GAUAAAAUCGACUUCGCUUUUUGUUGACCAAUCUGAGCAAAAACCGAAUAAGCUGUGAGUUUGCGCAUAUCAUAUUCUCUUUCACCACUUGGAUAGGGUUUAACCUCUUUUUCAUAUAUAAUAUAUGAAUAUAAAUGAUUUUAUAUAUUAAAAAAAAAUAACAAUCGUUAAUAAAAUAGUGAAAAACGUCAAAAAUCAUGAAUGUUUUACGUUCAAGUUCGUUACUUGUUGUACAAGCGUAUAAACUGAACUCCAUUAACACAAUUGGUAAAAGAUACAUUCGUCGAUUUAUUUCUCCAGUUUUAAAAGAAAUAACAAGACGUAAAAAGAAAGAAGCAUAUGACAAAUAUUUUCGAAAAACAGUUCAUCACCCUAGAAGUGGAUUUUUAGAGUGGAAUUAUGAUGCAGAAAUCUAUGCAUUUAAUCAAAGACUUAAAGAAAAAUUUGAUACUGAUCUGCUUAUACAAGCACUAACUCACAGAUCAUAUGUUAUUCAAGAAGAACAAAAACAAAAGCAAUUAGGUAUUGAAGAUCCGGACCUCAAAAUGCCAGAUAAUAAAGAUUUAAUUAAACGUGGAAAAACUCUUACUUCCAAAAUCAUUCAACUGUAUUUAAGUUCUGCUCUACCACGAGCUCCAGAAGAAUGUAUUCGAGCUUUUCAUGAUCACUUGAUGCUACCAACUACAUUAGCUAACAGCUCCUCUUUAAUUGGCACUAAAGAUAUCAUUUUAAGUGAAGAAUAUCCUCCUAGUCAAGAAGUAUUAGCUGAAACAUUUUUGGCCUUAGUUGCAGCUCUUGCAGAAAGUGUUGAUGAAAUUCACGCAACUAAAUUCGUAAGAGAUUUCUUGAUAGCAACUCUUGCAGAAAAAGAUCUUGGAGAAAUAUGGUCUCCAGAAAAUCCUUUAACAAUUCUAAAUGAUAUACUAAUCAAAGAGGGAAGACAACCUGUAGAACCUAGAAUUAUAGCUCAGUCUGGAAUCAAUACCGUAAUGCCAAUCUAUCAAAUCGGAUUAUUUUCAAAUAAAGAAUUCAUUUCUGCUGGCUUUGAAGACAGUAUAGACGGAGCAGUCCACGCUGCAGCAUUAAAUGCACUUUAUAAAAUGUUUGAUAUUAGUGAUUCAAGUAAACCAAUGAAAUUCAAUUUGUUGAUUGAUCCAUCGGUAGAUAAAAUGAACAAUUUACCUCUUCAUAAAUGGUGUACAGAAAAUGUACAGAAACUGAUGCAAAAAAAUUAAUACCUGUUAUAGAAACAAAA